AUGUUCUCAUCCGACCUGAAAGUUCAUGGUGAUUUGAUUGUCGAAAAGUCGAAGACAACAUACGAAGGUACCACCUUCGACGUCUCCGGUGAGACUUUCGAAGUUUUCGGUAACUUUAAUGUCGAAGAAUCCGGUGCCACUUCUGCAUCCGUCUACUCCUUUACUCCGAGCUCUUUCGAAAACAGUGGUGACAUUUCUUUGAGUCUAUCAAAGUCCAAGAAGGGUGAAGUUACCUUCUCCCCUUACUCUAACACCGGUGCCUUCUCUUUCUCUAACGCUAUUCUCAACGGCGGUUCUGUACCUGGUUUGCAACGUAGAGCCGAAGAUGAAGGGUCUGUUAACAACGGUGAAAUAAACCUGGACAACGGAAGUACUUAUGUCAUCGUCGAACCAGUUUCCGGAAACGGUACCGUCAACAUUGUCUCUGGCAACCUUUACCUACACUACCCGGACACCUUUACUGGCCAAACUGUUGUAUUCAAAGGUGAAAGUAUUCUUGCCGUCGACCCAACAGAAACCAAUGCUACUCCUAUUCCUGUUGUUGGAUACACCGGCAAGAACCAAAUUGUCAUUACCACUGACAUUACUGCUCUUUCAUACGACGGCACUACAGGUGUUUUAACUGCAACCCAGGGCAACAGACAAUUCUCUUUCGCUAUCGGUACUGGAUUUUCUAGUUCUGGUUUCAGUGUCUCAGAAGGAACUUUUGCAGGCGCUUAUGCUUAUUAUCUAAACUACAAUGGUGUUGUCGCUACUAGUGCCGCAUCUUCAUCUACUUCCACUACCGCUGGUGCAUCAUCUACCAACUCUUCAGUAACUGUCUCAGCCACCAUUUCUAGCUCCGUCAUUUCAUCAUCUAGUACCUCAAUCUCUGGCUCAGCCAUUUCACCAUCUAGUAGCUUUGUUUCUGGUAUAUCUAACUCCACAACACUCUCUGGUCCAAUCACUUCAUCUACUGGUUCUGCCAGAUCUGCCGCUAGCCUCACCUCAGGCUCCGCCUCUGUUUACCCUGAAACAUUAACUUACUUAAAUGCCACUAGCACAGUCGUUGUCUCCUGUUCAGAAACAACUGAUACUAGCGGUAAUAUCCACACUAUUACCACAACUGUCCCGUGUCUAUCUACUACUGCCACCAUCACAUCUUGCGACGAAAACGGAUGCCAUGUUGUAGCACCAACCGCUACCGACGCAACCGCAACCGUUUCUUCCAAGUCGUACACCCCAUACUGUUACUCACUGUGA